AUGGAGCAAAUAAAAGUAACAUUUGACUCGACUCUCUCUGAAAUAGUGGCCCUGAAAAAGGAGUUAGCUACUAAGGAACAAUGGUCGCGACUUAACAAUGUCGAGAUAAAGGGAGUUCCCCUAAAGAGAGAUGAAAACCUUUUUUCAAUAGUAGAUAACAUAUGCACGCAGGUUGGUUACACGAUCCCGGAAACAUCAAAUAAAUUACAUAGCAAGGGUGCCGACACAUUUUGGUAA